UAAGAAAGAAAAGUAUGAGGCACCACCAGAGGCAUCUGGCAGCAGCCAAGCCGAGGAGACGUCGGCUGGAAGCGUGGAGGUGGAAGCCUUGGCACCAGUAACGGAGGAGGAGGCCUCACGGCUGCUGGCACCAGAGGCUGCAGUGGAAGAGGAGGAAAAGCUGCGACAGCAGAGGGAGCAGGAAAAUAUAAAGGCUCUGCAGGCGGCCUUCAAUGGCCAGAACGCUAUGCUGGACGACGACCGCUUCAGCGAGCUGGAUGCGCUGCUCAACCAGACGGGAAUGUACACAAAAUUCUUGAGUGAGCAGCUGCAGCAGAUGACUGAGGAGAUGGAGGGCAACGAUGCUGCCCCUCCUGCAGCUGGCAGCAAGCGCAAGGCCGGCAGGCAGGGAGGCAACAGCAGGAAGAAGGGCCCCGGCAUCAACUCAGCAGCCGUCUCAAAGGUGCAGCAGGAGCUGGUGCCCCUCAUAAAGGGCGAGCUGCGGCCGUACCAGAUAAAGGGCAUCAAAUGGAUUGUAUCCCUGUACCAAAACGGCCUCAACGGCAUUCUGGCUGAUCAGAUGGGCCUCGGCAAAACGGUGCAAACGAUCGGCUUCCUGUCGCACCUGCGGUCGAGGGGCGUGCCAGGGCCGCACAUGAUCAUAGGGCCGCUGUCCACGCUGUCCAACUGGGUGGCCGAAUUUGAGCGCUGGUGCCCCACCAUCCCCGUCAUCCUCUAUCACGGCAGCCGCGCCGAGCGCCAGAAACUGCGCACCAGCCGCAUGCCCACCGGCCUGGUGAAGAACACCUUCCCGGUGGUGGUGACGUCGUACGAGAUAGUGAUAGCGGACGUGAAGCACCUGCAGCGCUACGCCUGGAAGUACAUUGUGGUUGACGAGGGCCACCGCCUCAAAAAUUCCAACUGCAAGCUACUGCGCGAGCUGCGCACCAUCCACACCGGCAACAAGCUGCUCCUCUCCGGCACGCCACUGCAGAACAACCUGAGCGAGCUGUGGAGCUUGCUGAACUUCCUGCUGCCGGACGUGUUCAAGAGCCUGGCCGACUUUGAGUCCUGGUUUGACUUCAGCGGCGUGGGCGAGGCCGGCUCCGACCAGCACAUUGUCGCCCAGGAGCAGCGCAACCGCGUGGUGAGCAAGCUGCACAACCUGCUGCGGCCAUUCUUGCUGCGGCGGCUCAAGUCGGACGUGGAGAGCAGCCUGCCGUCCAAGGAAGAGAUUGUGCUCUACUCGCACAUGGCGCCCGACCAGAAACGCAUCAACGAGCAGCUCAAAGACCGCACUGUCAAUGAGGCGAUAGCGAAGGUGGAGAAUGGGCAGCGGGGGGCGUCCAUCUCCAAGCUGAACAACGUGCUGAUGCAGAUGCGCAAGAACUGCAACCACCCGGACCUGAUCACCUCCGCGCUGGACCCGUCCCCCAUGUUCCCCAGCGCGGCUGAGCUGGUGGAGCAGUGCGGCAAGAUGCAGCUGCUGGACCGGCUGCUCAAGCCCCUCAAGGCGCGCGGCCACAAGGUCCUCAUCUUCUCCCAGAUGACGAAAAUGCUGGACCUGCUGGACACGUAUCUGGAGCAGCUUGGCCACAAGACGACGCGCAUCGACGGCAGCAUCGGCUGGCAGGAUCGCCAGGAAGCCAUGCGCGCGUACAACUCCGACCCCGACAUGUUUGUCUUCCUGCUCUCCACGCGCGCGGGCGGGCUCGGCAUCAACCUCACCUCCGCUGACACCGUCAUCAUCUAUGACUCAGACUGGAACCCCCACCAGGACCUCCAGGCGAUGGACCGGUGCCACCGCAUAGGGCAGCAGAAGCCGGUGCUGGUGCUGCGGCUGGCGACGGCGCACAGCGUGGAGGGCAAGCUGCUCAAACGCGCGCGCUCCAAACUCGCCCUCGAACGCCUCGUCAUUAAAAAGGGCGCCUUCCUGCCGGGCGAAACGGAGGAGGACAUGAAGGGGACAUCGAUGAAGGCCGACGAGCUGCUGGAGAUCCUGAAGGAGGACAAGGACACCAAGCGCGACGAGGCCCAGUCCGGCGUCAUCUCUGACAAGAUGCUGGAGAAGAUAUUGGACCGGACCCACCUGGCAGAGAAGAAGCCACCCCCCUACUCUGAUGUGGGGGUGGGCUAUGAGAUCGUCCACCAUGCUGAGGGAUCCGGGCUGCUGUCUGGCGUGGAGUAGACACAGUUUGAAGGCUGCACAGUCUCCCAAGAAGAAGUCUCAACGGACAGCUGACCAAACGCUUUACCCCAACGCUGCUAUUGGAGCUUGAGGCAGCAUGUUUGUGCUGCCUACAUGCAAUGCGCUCCUCAAGUGCUUGUCUGGUUCCUUGAAGCCUUGUCCUAGCAUCCCGCUUGCUAGGAAUUGUAGCGCGGUUGUAGUUGUCAGAGUAGGAAGGAAAUCUCUUACUAUUUGGAAAUGUCAAGAAACGAAACUCGAACAAUAUGACUGAGCGCACUGAAAGAUGUUGCUGGUCUGAAUUGAUGCUGUGCACCACUGUAUCUUAAGACUCCCCAAAUUGGGAGCAAUAUUGACAGCUCUUGCAUCGUUCUCACCCAAGCAAGAGCUCUGUGAAUAGGGUGGCAUUAUGUCUUUGCUUCAUUGUUGCGCAUCCCCUUUGAAUGUUUUGGGUUGCAGAGGAGAGCCACAUGGCGCUGAGGAUGCAAAUGAUCGUCUAGACAGUGAAUGCAAUUGUCAAGCAGUGCCCACAAUGCUUGCAGCUGUGCGUCACAGCUUGCAGUCAAUGUAAGCAUAUGCCAUUUUUACAAUUCCUGUAAGCAAAUUUCUCGA